CAUUUUUUGUGGAACUGGUUUGCGUGUCGCUUUAGCAACACGGACACAAAUAAUCGCUGGACUUCCUGGAAAAACACGACAGGGCGAAGAGAAGCGUGGAUUAUUUUGACAGUGAAAGUAACAAGUGAGUCCGAUAAUGACGCGCUGGGCUCGAGCCAACAAUGUUCACAAAAACAAACCUGCCGAGGCCACUCCCUGGAGCCAGCUGAAGGCAACAGGGGCCGCAGCGGAGAGAGGUGGUCCGAGGAGUCGUGGUCGUAGUGGUCCUUACGGCCGGACAGCAGACCCCCUUCGGAAGACUCAGACAGGCCAGGGGGGGAAGAAGCCCAACAAGAAGAAGAAGGACUAUGACAAUGUGGAUGUGAACGGCUUUCUUGAGUACCUGCAACAGACAGGCAAGCCACUGCCACGUGGGCCCCCAGGUGCCCCUGGAGUGGAGGAAGCACUGCGGGAGGAGGUGGAGAUGGCACUGAAGAAGGACAAGAGGAGGGAGGACAGAAGGAUAAAGAGGCAGAACAUCAAGAAGAAUUCCAUGCUGUGCUUUAACUGCAGGAAGCCGGGCCAUGGGCUGGCCGACUGCCCCGAGGCCGAUAACGACGAGGAGAUGGGGCGGGGCAUCUGCUACCGCUGCGGCUCCACGGAGCACGAGAUCCAGAGGUGCAGGGCCAAAGUGGACCCCGCUGUGGGAGAUCACCCGUACGCCAAAUGUUUCAUAUGCAGUCAGACUGGCCAUCUGUCCAGAGCCUGUCCUGAUAACCCCAAGGGCAUGUAUGCAGCAGGGGGCUGCUGUCGAGUCUGCGGUUCAGUGGAACACUUUCAGAAAGACUGUCCAGAGCACCAGGGCUCAACGAACGCGCUCACGGUGGGCCGAUUAUCCGACCGCAUGAGCGCCGACCACCAGGACGUUCACGUUCCGGUUAAGAAGGUCAAGCCCAAGCAGGCCAAGGUGGUGGUCUUCUGAAAAGGACGUCCGCUUGCCUAUAUAGAGGGGAACACAGGACAUCUGACUGCUACUAAAUAAGUACACUUACCUAUCCCACAAUUCCCCACUCCAGAAGAAAGACAUUCUAUCAAGGACUGGUUGGAGCAGUGAACAGACUGUUAUUAUCACAGUUCUUUUGUUUGGGUGCAGACCGUGGUAGAUACAAGUUCAGCAGCUCUGGAGUUCCUCAGUGACAGCAGGCCAGUCACAGGCAGAACUAAAGGCCUGUGAGAGACAUUCUGUCCUCCAUCCACCAGGGGCACUCAAGCGGCUCAGCUAGCAGCAAUGCAGGAAUGUCUCUGGCUCCUAGAUCCACUUAUCCAGAGGAUUUGCCUUUUGACUCCCUGCUAUGUCGGCUGAAUUCCAUGUACUUCAGGUCACCUACAUGCAAGGGAAAUCUAUGUGACCUCACUGUUGUGUUUACACAUAUAUAAUCACCAAGUGUGCCUCAUGUCAUCAUGAGAGCUAGCGCCGAUUGGAGGAGGGGCAUGUCCCUCACUGGGGACUGAAUGAAGGGGAGGUGGACUUCCUCAUGUUGGACUGCAUCCCAGCUGUCAUGAAUUGAGCUAAAUGCGACUGUACUCGCAGAACUUUGGAACAUCUCCCGGGCUGAAAGGGAUGUCAUCGUGUGGAAGAGGAUUGUGUAAUGGAUAUUUUCAUUGCUUUAAUAUGACUGCCUUGAAUCAAUAAACUUUGCAAAUUACAAA